ACUGACCAGUGAAAGGGUUGGGGAAGAAAAGAAAAAAAAUAUUGGCCUUGCUAUAUUGUUUAGGCUUGUGGUGAUGUGAUCACUGGUGCCCGUGUUUACCUGUCUUAUGUCCGCCGGUGAUUGGCACAGCAUAGCAAGGCCUGUGCUGCACCAGAGAGGGAAGACUGCAGCUACUGUUUAUGUUGCUAAGGAGAUUCAUCCUUCCUGCAGCAAGAACCUUUCACUGUCGCCACUACAGCAUGGAGCUGAAGGAGGCCGUGGCACUUCUGGACCGCUUUGCUGCGCCGUCCCUGGCCGAGUCCUGGGACAACGUGGGUCUCCUGCUGCAGCCGUAUACUCAGAGAGAGAUCAAGACUGUGAUGUUGACCAAUGACCUGAGUGAGGAGGUGAUGGAGGAGGCAGUGCAACACAAGGCUGACCUCAUCCUCUCUUACCAUCCACCUCUCUUCCGACCCUUCAAGAGGAUCACUACUGGAUGGAAGGACAAGAUUGUUGCAUGCUGUCUGGAGAAGGGCAUUGCUGUGUACUCACCCCACACGGCCUAUGACACGCUGAAGGGAGGUGUCAAUGACUGGCUGCUCAAAGCUUUUGACGUGUGCCAAGUCACUCCACUGCAGCAGAAGGAUGUCCCACUGCCAUACAGCCACCAGGUGGAGGCAACCCUUGAGUCUGAUGCUGCAGCACAGGACUUGGUGCAGAGAAUCACCGAAGAGCUUGGGGAGAAAGUCACUGUUUUAAAGGAUAGUAUGAAUUGCAUGAAGGUUUUGUGUGGAGAGAGAGAUUUGCCCGCCAUCGUGAAUCUGACCAGUACAAAUUCUGCUACUCCAGCCAAACUUGUGGUGACUAAACUAGAAAAGGUGCCUUUAGUAGACCACGGUGCAGGGCGGCAGGGCAGCCUGGUGGAGCCAAUCACUGUGCAGCAAGCCGUCAGCCAGGUCAAGACUCACCUUGGCUUGCCUCACCUGCGGUUGGCCUUGGCUCACGGCUCCACUCUCGACACUCAAGUCAAGAGUGUGGCAGUGUGUGCCGGAUCUGGGGUGUCUGUGCUGCGUGGAGCCAGUGCUGACCUGUGGCUCACUGGGGAGAUGAGUCACCAUGAAGUCUUGGAUGCAGCUCACAGAGGCUCCAAUGUUAUCCUUGUUGAUCACUCCAACUCAGAGCGAGGCUUUCUUGAGGAGCUGCAGCCUACACUACACCAACUCUUUGAGGGAAAAGUAAAUGUUCUGAUUUCACAGAAGGACAGAGAUCCACUUCAGAUCAUUUAGUUCAUGCUUGGAUUUCAUCACAGGACUCAAGUCAGGUAUGCAUAUUGAGUGAGCAUAUGUGAAGUCUACAGUAGCCACAAAUGAACUGGAAAUGCAGUGGAAAUGAAAACAAUUUUGUUUUAAAAUCCUUGGCAAUGUUGGUGUUGUUUCCAUGAUCAUGCAUCAGGUGGCAGUGUACAAGUAGUGCAGAGGGUUGAGAUGGCUGUAGACAGUUGUAGAUGUGCCAGUAGCCAAUGGCUCAGGGGGCUGUCACAGAGACAGGAACUGCAUGUGUUCCUACUAUUGACAUUGUUCUACUAUGACAUUGUUUUUCUGGUGUUGUAUAUUUUAUGAAUGAAUAAUGAAAUCCAAUCUUUUCCUUGCAGAGAAGACUCAAAUUGUCACCUUAUAAAGAGAAACCAUUUGUAGCAGAGGAAUUAACAGUGUCAAAAAAAGCAGUCUCAUUUUUCCAGUCUCAAGUUAUCAGUUGCAAGGAAAGUCUUGUGCAAAGACCAUUUGGAAAACAAAGAUGUCUCAAAUUUGACUGAAGCAUUCUCUAAUUUGAGACAUGUCAGUCUUCUUUGUGUUCUUUCUCUGUUCAAGAAAACCUUUUUCCAUGCAUCUAACCCAGACUGACACUGCUCUUUUGAUACUUCCUUGCCAUUUCUCUUUUGGUUUACCUGUCUAUAGAAGGGGACCAUUUGAGUCUUCUCUGCAAAGGAAAGGUUGGAUUCAGCCAUUGCUCAAAGAAAAACAUCCUCAGCAAAGCAUGCAGUGACAAUGUAGAAGGCCACUAGUCGUACAAAUUGUGUGUCUGUGGCAGCCAGCUGCUGAUGCCUCCCCACCUCUCUCAGCAUUCUCCACACGAUGCACUCCUACACUGCUGUCAGACACAUGGUUGUGAAAACACGGCAGUAUUCCCAAGGGAUUUAACUCAAAAUGGUUUGAUUUUUCUGUUGCCUUUCUAGUGUAGACACUGGGAGGAAAUGCAUGCAUGUAUGUAUAAAGUGGUUUGGCUGUGGCUGUGCCUUGAUGGAUUAUAAGUACACAAUUUUUUGUGCUUAAUUUAACUUAAGGGUGAAGUAAACUACAAGUAUAAAAAAUCUUGUUUACUUUAGCUAUAAAAUACACAACUACACAUUACACAUAACCUCAGUGCUUGGUGAAGCACUGACAUACCACCACUCAAACAAAAGCAAAAAAACUUUUGUAAUACAAGUUUAGGACCAUCCAACAGUUCCAAGAGUAGCUCUUACUCAUUGGCACUUAUUAGGGCAUAUUAUCCAGACAACAGUUAAAUAGCAUCAUUGUCACAUGCAACACAUAAGUCAUUCCAUAUCAUUGUUCCAUGGUCAAAAAAGAA